AUGAACACCGAGGAGCAGUAUUACGCCUCGGCGCAGCUCUACAAGGAGUCGUGUGCGUUUCAGAGAGCCCAAGCGCAGGACUACAACCCCAGCCCCCCCGCCUGCCUGUACAUGGGCAGGCAGCAACAGACUCCUUAUUCCAGCGCCUUAGGGGCUCUCGAGCAAGGCAGCCCGCCAGACAUUUCACCUUACGAGGUGCCCCCCAUCACUGAGGAUGCCGGGGUCUCCCACCUUCAUCACCAUCACCACCACCCUCAUCUUCCUCCUCCCCACCAGGACGCGCUGCCUUUCGCAGACGGGGCGGACACGGGGGCUAUAGAGGAGCCCCGAGUGCAGGUGCCUUUCGCCUGGAUGAAGUCCACCAAAUCGCACGCCUGGAAGGGACAGUGGACCGGGGGAUCCUACAUGGUGGAACCGGAGGAGAACAAGCGGACGAGGACGGCGUACACGCGGGCGCAGCUGCUGGAACUGGAGAAGGAGUUUCUCUUCAACAAGUACAUCUCCAGGCCGCGGCGGGUGGAGCUGGCUGUCAUGUUGAACUUGACCGAGAGGCACAUCAAGAUUUGGUUCCAGAACAGGCGGAUGAAGUGGAAGAAAGAAGAAGACAAAAAGCGAGGGGCGGGCAACAGCAAUGACCCCGAGCAAGACUGCGUGGUGUCCUCCGGGGAGCUCCAGACCAAGGAGGAUCCCCAGGCAUGCCCCGCCGGGAACCUUCCCUCGGGAGCCUCCAGGGACCUUGUCGCCCCCAGCCUAGUCCCCAGAAGGCAGCAGGACUCUCGGUGA